UUUUGACUUCCUGCAAAGAGGACCCUUUACAGUAUUUUUGGAGAAGUUGGUAAAACCGAAUCUGACAUCAUCACCUAGUACAUGAAGCUAGCAAGUGGUUUGUUCUUAGGGUAACAGAGGAGGAAAUUGCUCCCUGUCUGAUAAGACAAUAGUGAAGAAAGAACGCAUGCUGUUUCAUAAGGCUACGGCUGAUUUCCAGAUAUGACCAUGUAUUUGUGGCUUAAACUUUUGGUGUUUGGCUUUGCCUUUCUGGAUGCAGAGGUGUUUGCUAUGGGACUGGCCACAACAGAAAAGCCCAGUGCCCUGACUUCAAGUGACCCCUUAUCUGCUCGCACCACUGCAUUCUCACCCACAAGCAUCUCUGAAAGAAAACAUGACUUCACAGAGACUUCACCUCCUCUCAGUUCAGUCAAUACUUCAAGCGAAGUAUUCCAGGACUCUUUCAAUAAAGCUACUGCCCCUGACAAGACAGGUGUAACUUCAACGCCGGGGCCUCACCUUCUCACGCACGCAGACUCGCAGGCGCCCUCUGCCGUAUCUGCCAAUCAGACACCCACCAGCAAGGCUGGUCUUACCGCACUCACCCCUGCUCCUGGCAGGAAUGACACAUCAGAUGUUCCGGGAGGGAGGAACAUAUCUACCACCAUUCCUGCAGACACAGGGUUCCCAUCAGCACCCACCCCCAGCCCUGCAUACAGCAGCUCUGCUGCCUUACCUCCACGCACCUCCAACACCACCACCACCGAUAACUCCUCAGAUUCCAACCAUACGACCAUUCUACCAGCCUCUCUGAAAACCUCAACAGACAUUACCACUCCAGCCAUUUCCACAGCAGCUCCUACUACACCUUAUAAGCCAAGAUGUGAUGAAAAAUAUGCAAAUAUCCCUGUGGUCUACUUAUAUGACAAUGCAACUAAAUUGUUUAAUGCCAGACUGGAGAUUAAUGAUACAGUGAAUUGUGUGAAUCAUAAAUGCGAAGAUAUUCUUCAUAACCUAAGAGAAUGCACAAAUCACUGGGUUGAGAUAACCCAUGAUUCAUGUGUUCCUCCAUAUAAAAAUGUAACAUUAGAUGUACCACCAGAUCCUGAAAAUUUUGAGUUAAAUGACUGUACCGAAGAUGUGAAAGCAAAUACUUCCAUUUGUUUAAUUUGGAAAAUAAAUAAAACAUUUUCUUGUGAUGAACAUAAAAUUAGAUAUGAAUUUAAACAUGAUCAUUCAACAGUUUCAGAGCAAAAGAUUGAAAUUGGAAGUCUUAAACCUGAACAUAACUAUACUUUCUAUUCCAAAAUAUUGUAUAAUGGACAGGAAUUUGUUCAUAAAGAAAGAAUUAUUAAAACAGAUUUUGGGAUUCCAGACAAGCCUCUGUCUCUUACACGUGGAAAUGAAUCGAGUCCUUAUCAACUAGUAAUAAACUGGACACCUCCUCAAAGUUUUUUUAGUAAAUUUAUUUUUUGUUACACGGACAACUCAGAAAUCUGUAAGCAUCUGGAUAAAACCCAAACCCAGUACGUUGUGCAAAAAUUGAAACCUUAUACAAAAUAUAGUGUGUCAUUACAAGCUGAAACCAUUGGAAAAGUGCUACGUACUGGAGAGAAAAUGACAAAAGUAUUUCAAACAGAAAUAGCAGUUCCAAGCAGUGUUCAGAACACAGUUGUCUCCCUUCAUGAUUCAGAUAAUAGUGUGCUUGUGGUGUGUAAGGCUCCGAGUGAAGCUAAUGGCCCUGGCAUACAGUACCACCUGGAGGUCAAAAAUGGAGAUGAACUCAUUAGAAAUGAGUCAAAAGAAGAAUGCCGGUUCUUUGUAUCAGAUCUUCAAUAUUCAACACGAUAUGCAUUUGAGGUCUAUUUUUACAAUGGGAAAUAUAGUGGACCUAGAGUUAUUAUUCAUCAAGCAACAUCUUAUAAUACUAAAGCACUGAUUAUAUUUCUGGCAUUUCUGAUUAUUAUGACAUCAAUAGCCCUGCUUGUUGUUCUCUAUAAAAUCUAUGAUCUUCAUAAGAAGAGAUCCAGUGAUUUAGAUGAACAGCAGGAACUUGUUGAAAGGGAUGAUGAAAAACAACUGAUGAAUGUGGAGCCAAUCCAUGCUGACAAUUUGUUGGAAACUUAUAAGAGAAAGAUUGCUGAUGAAGGAAGACUUUUUCUGGCUGAAUUUCAGAGCAUUCCACGGGUGUUUAGCAAGUUUUCUAUCAAGGAUGCUCGAAAGUCUUUUAACCAGAAUAAAAAUCGUUAUGUUGACAUCCUUCCUUAUGAUUACAACCGUGUUGAACUCUCUGAGAUAAAUGGAGAUGCAGGGUCAAACUAUAUAAAUGCCAGCUACAUUGAUGGUUUCAAAGAACCUAGGAAAUACAUUGCUGCACAAGGUCCCAGGGAUGAAACUGUUGAUGAUUUCUGGAGGAUGAUCUGGGAACAGAAAGCCACAGUUAUUGUCAUGGUCACUAAAUGUGAAGAAGGAAACAGGAACAAGUGUGCAGAAUACUGGCCAUCGUUGGAAGAAGGCACUCGAGCUUUCGGAGAUGUUGUUGUAAAGAUCAAUGAACACAAAAAAUGCCCGGACUAUAUCAUUCAGAAAAUGAAUAUUACAAAUAAAAAAGAAAAGGCAACUGGAAGGGAAGUGACUCACAUUCAGUUCACCAGCUGGCCAGACCACGGCGUGCCUGACGAUCCUCACCUGCUCCUCAAGCUGCGACGGAGAGUGAACGCUUUCAGCAACUUCUUCAGUGGCCCCAUCGUCGUGCACUGCAGUGCUGGUGUUGGACGUACAGGCACCUAUAUUGGAAUUGAUGCCAUGCUGGAAGGCCUGGAGGCAGAGACCAAAGUGGAUGUUUAUGGCUAUGUCGUCAAGCUUCGCCGGCAGAGAUGUCUCAUGGUUCAAGUGGAGGCACAGUACAUCUUGAUCCAUCAGGCUUUGGUGGAAUACAAUCAGUUUGGGGAAACAGAAGUAAGCUUGCCUGAAUUGCAUCCAUAUCUAUAUAACUUGAAGAAAAGAGAUCCUCCCAGUGAGCCAUCUCCACUAGAGGCUGAAUUCCAGAGACUUCCUUCAUAUCGGAGCUGGAGGACCCAACAUGUUGGAAAUCAAGAAGAAAACAAAAAUAAAAACAGGAAUUCUAAUGUCAUUCCAUAUGACUUUAACAGAGUGCAACUUAAAUAUGAACUAGAAAUGAGCAAAGAGAGUGAGCAUGAUUCAGAUGAAACGUCAGAUGAUGACAGUGAUACAGAAGAAACAAGCAAAUACAUCAAUGCAUCUUUUAUAAUGAGUUACUGGAAACCUGAAGUAAUGAUUGCUGCUCAGGGACCAUUGAAAGAGACCAUUAAUGACUUUUGGCAGAUGAUAUUCCAAAGAAAAGUAAAAGUUAUUGUUAUGCUGUCAGAGUUGACGAAUGGAGACCAGGAAAUCUGUGCUCAGUACUGGGGAGAAGGAAAGCAAACAUAUGGAGAUGUAGAAGUUGAUCUGAAAGACACAAACAAAUCUGCGGCUUAUACGAUCCGUGUAUUUGAACUGAGACAUUCCAAGAGGAAAGAUCCUCGAACUGUUUACCAGUAUCAGUAUAACACCUGGAGUGUGGAAGAACUUCCUGCAAAACCCCAAGAAAUAAUCUCUAUGAUUCAAAGCCUCAAACAAAAACUUCCCAAGAAGAUUUCUGCUGAAGGGAAUAAGUACCACAAGAGUGUGCCUCUCCUCAUUCACUGCAGAGAUGGAUCUCAACAAACAGGAGUAUUUUGUGCUUUGUUAAAUCUCUUGGAAAGUGCAGAAACAGAGGAGGUGGUAGAUGUUUUUCAGGUGGUAAAAUCUCUACGCAAAGCAAGGCCAGGAAUGGUUUCUUCAUUUGAACAAUACCAGUUCCUAUAUGACAUCAUUGCCAGCACCUACCCUGCCCAGAAUGGACAAGUAAAGAAAUACAGCAAUCAAGAAGAUAAAAUUGAAUUUGAUAAUGAAGUGGACAAAUCAAAUCCAGGUGCUAAUUGUGUUAGUUCCUGUGGUGCCCUAGAUGAGAUCAAUGAAGGAAAUAAAGAGGCUCAAGUUUCUGAACCCACGAGUGGCACUGAGGGACCAGAAUGUUCUGCCAAUGGUCCUGCAAGUCCAGCUUUAAAUCGAAGUGCAUAGGAAAAGACAGACAUUGGGCACUCGAGACUUCAUAUUCAUUAUUGUUUCUAUUUUUCUGGAAGUAAGAGAGGAGUAUGGGUGUACAGCAGAGUAAUAGAAUGCAUUGCACUAAUGUUUGGGGGGAGCUUCUGUUUUUAGUACCAUGGAAAAGUAUUUAAGAUAGUUUUGCUGAAACUGUACAGUAGUAUGCUUGUUUUAAAAUUUUACCUAUCAUUCAGCAAAAACAGCUUCUUUUUAGACUUUGCAUGUGUAUCUGUGCAUGGAAGAGAGAGAGAGAAAAAAUGCUUUUAAGUGACUCAAAACGCUCUUGGAAAACUUUGCCUUUUUGUUUUCCUGAAGGAAAAAAAUUCACAAAAUUUACAUUGGAAGUAGAAAGAUCUAUUUUUAAAAUCAUAAAAUGUGUGUGGGCUCUGUGUAAGAAUAAAAUCAUGUAUAUUUCUAGAAUGACCUCAAGAUGUCCUCAUAGCUCUAUACAUACAUCUUAUAAUUUACUAUUUUACAGCUUAGAAAAGUAGUAUGUGUGUGCAUAGUUACUAAAAGGAAGUUAACUAAAUUAACAUUUGGAAACCUUGUAUUCCAUGUGUUAGCAUUUAGUCCAAUAUAUUUUCAUGCAUAUUUAAAAAAAAUCUAAUUAAAAUUUUUCAAGUGAGCCUAUCUUGUUCUCUUCACAUGGUGUUUACAACUUUGCAAAAUAGAUUAUUCCCUGUAUAAUAUGAGAUAUCCAUUGCCUGAUACCUUUUGCCAAAAAUUGUUUGUUACAAUUGAACUUAAAUAAGUAUCUUUAAAAUAAACCAAUAAUAUACAAAUAUAUAUGAAUAAAUAGAAUCAUGCAAAUUUAUUUGUUCUAAAUAUUUACAUUUAAAACAUAAUAUAUCUAUGGAAUUUGACAUUGAUAUGGGAGAUAUAAUACUGCCUUUGCAUAUUUCCCAUGUUAAAUUCUGUCCUAGACUUUCAGUGAAGUGCAUUUAUUGUGAUUUCUCAAAUAUUUACAUUGCUUUUACCAGUAAUUGAUACCAAUGUAUCACAAUAUAGUUCAAUUAUUAUAUUUUAUUGUAAAUAAUAUAUUAAAUGUGUUACAUGUUUAUAUGCAUAAAAUGCAAGCACAUAUUAAAAUAUAGUUUUAAUGCAAUUUAGUAACAUUUGUAGAGCUCUUUUAUAAGGUACCAAUUGUUUUCAAAGAUCCAUGGUUUAAUAAUUGUUUAUGAUAUAGAAGAAACCAUAAGAAAUCUUAAGAAUGAUGGUAUUUUUCAAAGAAGUAAUAAAACAAGUCCUUUUGGUAAAUACUGCUUCAGUUUAUUAUAUUGGUCACAUAGUACCUCUAGGUUAGUUUUAUUUUCUAUAUUGUCAUUCUCCUGACUGAUUUUAAAUGUCUAGAACUAUGUUAUCUCUUCCUUUUCAUUCAGCACACUUUUAUUUUAAGCUCAUAUGCUUAUUAUAUUAAUGAAAUUAGCAAUUAAUCCUUGCAUUAUUGUAAAGUACCUUAUCCUUAUUUAACAGAGGAAAGUAAGUGAAUUUUAAAGUGAUGCAAGAAUUUCUGGUAUAUAUUAAAGUCACAUACCAUCUCUUUACUUAUUAGUGAGAAAGGGUGAUUGAAAAUCAUCAGUGAUAGGCAUUAGAGUGAAAUAAAGCUUGUUUCCAUUGCUUGCAUUUGUCAUUUAUUCUCUGUGCCUCAGUUUCUCCAAUAGCUACUUGAUCAGUUGGUGUUCACUGAACAGUGUAGGUAAAAUGUACCGCUCUCAUGCUCAGUAAACUAUUAUGAUAUGUUUCUGUUUUAUCUGUGAGCUGCUUCAAAAUCCAAACAGCAAAAAUUCUAAAUUGUAAACAUCUACAAAUAAAGUUUUUCUCCAGAGA